UGGUUGAAGGCCUUUCGCUCUGCUACCACACAAAUGUCCACGACAAAGCGUCCCAUGCUAUCUACCGCACACGCAAUAUUCCGUGGACUCCAGGAGUCGAUUCGAGAUGACUUGGCAGAACUUCUGGAUUCAGCUCCAGUGAAGCUGCGGUCUGCGCUAACAAGUGCUCAUCGUAAGCUCAGUGAUUAUUACUUCAAGAUUGACAAGUCGCCUUUCUACGUC